CUGAACCGAGACGGGUUGAGAGGCAGACGAGAUCCUAGUCUCUAGAUCUUUCGAUUCAGGCGAGAAGUGGCAACUGACUAGGUUGUCCCCUGUGUAGACAUGCAUCUGAUCUCUUUGGUGGCCCUGACUGGGCUGGUCUUGCUGAGGACCUAUGCUGCAGCGCGGGACCCAGCCCUGGACCAAGCCUGGAGAGACUGGAAGAUCACCCACAAUAAGGUUUACCGCGAGAGGAACUCAGAAAACCACCGGAGAACCAUAUGGGAGGAGAACCUCCGGAUGAUUGAAGAACACAACCGUGAAGCUUCGGGGAGACAUUCCUAUCGGAUGGCAAUGAACCACUUGGGCGAUUUGACUAAAGAAGAGUUCAUGCAGAGGCUGAAUGGACUCAGCCCUGAACUGCCCAGAGAACGUGGCCGAAGAACAACUUUGUUCCAAAAAUCUAACAACUCUCUUCCUUCCUCUGUGGACUGGCGCACCAAAGGCUAUGUCACCCCAGUGAAAGAUCAGGGUAGCUGCGGGUCUUGCUGGGCGUUCAGUGCCACUGGAGCCCUGGAAGGUUAUCUCGCCCGGACAACUGGCAGGCUGGUCUCGCUGAGCGAACAAAACCUGGUUGACUGCUCCUGGCAGCAGGGCAACCAAGGCUGCAAUGGAGGGUGGCCAAGCUGGGCUUUCCAGUACGUGAUGGAUAACCACGGACUCGACUCGGAAAAAAGCUACCCCUACGUCGGACAGGAUCUGGCUUGUACGUACAAAUCUGCAGACCUUGCAGUCAGGAUCAACGGCUACGUGGAUAUUCCGAGUAACGACGAGGCUGCGCUGCAAGAAGCCGUUGCCACUUAUGGGCCAGUUACUGUGGCACUGGACGCCUCCGACUUUCACUUUUACAGCUCAGGAGUUUUUGACUACCCCAGCUGCGGAACAUCCUUGAACCAUGCUGUCCUGGCCGUUGGCUAUGGGACUCAGAAUGGGACUCCUUAUUGGAUCAUAAAGAACAGCUGGGGUCCCGACUGGGGUGAAGGCGGCUACAUUCUGCUGAAAAGAGGGUCCAACCAAUGUGGUGUAGCAGAGGUGGCUAGUUACCCAGUGUAACCAGCUACGGGUCCACAAGCCUUUGGGGAUUUUCCACCCGUCAAAGCAACAAAACAUCAGGAGCGCCGACCUUUCCCCGAAUCUCUUUAUCCGGUGCUUGC